AUGGUAAUAAACAGUCGCAAUGACGACGGCGACGACGACAUAGUAACGCUUCUGGAGAGCUGUGAUGUCAGCGACGUAGAGACAUGCACGACGCAAACAACACCCAUCUUGGAUGCUGAGGCGGAGGAGGACGAAUGCGACAAUGAUUAUCAUGGUGCUGCGCACGACUCUCAGUUGGCACGCUGUAUGGCGUCACAAUCUUCGCGCCGCUGCACAACCGUCUCCAGAAAGCCUCUGUGCCCAUUGACAUCUUCCACGCGUGUGGUUGCUUUGACCACAAGCGAGAUGCCGCUGCACCGUGCAAUCGAAGGAGAAAUGCCACCACCACCAGCAGCAACCGUGGCAUUCCCCGUUUUGCAUGCAUCUUUCGAGGCAGUGGGAGGCACACAACGACAGGGUGGCGCACAUCGUUACCUGGUGCCGAUGACAGGGGCGGAAUGGUGGACAACGGCUGGCACGGCGCCGCCGUUGCGGCUCACCUGCACGUACCAUGUCUCCCGCAGCGAUGUUGCCGCGGCACUCGGAAGCGUGUGCCCGCAGCAGACGCGGCAUACGGUGUCUCGCGUGCACUGUGAGGUGCGGCUGCACUUCCGUUUGCAGCAACAACAACAGCAGCAGCAGCCUAUGCAGGAUGGGAGCUCCACGGCACCGCAUGCAGCAAAUUACAAGUGGACAUUGUUCGACAUCGUUGACUGCUCUUCGAGCAACGGCACUUUUUACGGUGGUGUGAGACUUUUCCCCUCCCAUCGCUACAGCUUCCCAGUGAAGGGUGACCUCCGUUGCGUGGAGCUCGGCCUGGGGGAUCGAUGCCGCCUCCGUGUGUUCAUGGAAGACGGCACCGUGCCCUUCGCAGCGAAAACGGCGGAACCCGGUGAGGCCGCUGUGCCUGUUGAAAAGAUUGGUGUAGGGGUGCAGUGGACCACGACGGGUCCUCCCCCAAGAAGGCGUCCGUCACCGCAGAAGCACCAACAGGUGAAAAAGCCUCGAACCGUGCGGGAAAAAGAAUCUGCCUCCUGUUUCUCCCGGCGUGGUGGACGUGCGCAGAAGAGUAAGCGAGCCUGCGUUGACGAUGAUACGGUGCCAUUUAUUCCUACCCGUUCCAAUAGUACGAAUGAGUGUUCUGACAAGGCAUUGACGAUAGUAACGACCGGCAUUCGCGUCACACCCGCAAAAGCGGCAAAACUGCGCCGCUUGAAUAUCACAGUAAAUCCAGCCAUGUCGAAGUUCCCGUGCGCAACACACCUGGUGGUUGAGGGGCCAUUAGUGCGAAGCGUCAAGCUAAUGACAUCUUUGCCGUACGUGCAGCACAUAGUGGAUCGUAGAUGGCUAGACGCUGUGAUCGCAUCGUCGUCAUCGCUCCCACACUCGGUGGACCCCGACGCCUUCCGCUACACGGAGCGGCGCACGCGGUGCAGCAUCGAAACGGUCAAUGACUUUUCACUAGAGGAACUCAUGCGGACACCGGUGCUGCAGCGCCAGGCGCUGUUCGCCGGUCAGCUGUUCUGGGUGCACCCCAACGCGGAGCCGCAGUGCCCGCCCGACAAUGACCUCCGCUUCGUCAUUUCUGCAUCUGGGGGUGUUAUCACGACAAAUGCAUCGGAUGCGACGGUCGCGGUGAUGCCGCGGGUGGAGGUGACGGCAUCGCUGUGGAGGCACGCAGCACAGUGCCCAUUAGAGCCGCAGUGCAUCUUUGUCGUGCCCAACGAUGUGUUUCGAGCCGUACUGCAGCAGCGGCGGCUUACAGAGACGACCGUGAGGCACCCAAAAGGUGUUGACACGCUGCCGCCGCGCCCGCAGGACCCGCAGUUGGCUGCGAAGGAGCAUGCGCCGGCUGCGCCUGAGUCCCCGAGGGCCGCCAAACGCAGACGUCGAUGA